AUGAAGGUCCCGCACUGCAGUUGCUGUCUCAGCCACCUCUUGGCCUCCGCCCUCCUGCUGCUGCUAUUGCUGCCAGGUUUGGGAGGGCCUUUUCCUUUGCUGUUGCAGGCGGCCGAGGCCGCACCGAACCCUGGGCGUCCGGACCGCGGGCCGCGGACCCUGCCGCCCUUGCCUCCCGGCCCCACUGCCGCCCAGGUGCCGGGCGGCGCUCCCGCACAAGCCGCAGGGCCGCGGGGCGCUGAGGGCGGCAAUGGCAGUAGCCCCCGGGCGGGGCUUUCAGCAGAAGACUCCGGAGGGAAGGCGGGGGAAGAAGGCUCAGUGGGUGGGAGCCUUGCUGUGAGCCCCAACCCCGGCGACAAGCCUAUGACCCAGCGGGCCCUGACCGUGUUGAUGGUGGUGAGCGGCGCGGUGCUGGUGUACUUCGUCGUCAGGACAGUCAGGAUGAGAAGAAGAAACCGAAAGACGAGGAGAUAUGGAGUUUUGGACACUAACAUAGAAAACAUGGAGUUGACACCUUUAGAACAAGAUGAUGAGGAUGAUGAUAACACUUUGUUUGAUGCCAAUCAUCCUCGAAGGUAA